AUGGGGUUAAAGCCCACAGAAAAUGAGCCCUGUUUAUUUCAUGGAAGUUUUGAGAAAAAGUUAGUUUUACUGCUGGUAUACGUAGACGAUCUACUAAUUGCGUCGCAUGAAGUAAAAAUUAUUCACAAAUUAAAACAGCAACUUUUAAAUGAUUUUGAUAUUAAGGACAUUGGUCGAGCAAAUUAUUGUCUUGGGCUAAAGAUUCAUCAAAAGGAUGAUGUGAUUACUUUGAAGCAAAGUGGUUACAUACAAGAAUUGUUAAAGACAUAUGGCAUGAGUCAGUGUAACCCGGUAGCUACACCAUCAGAGUUGAAUGUGAAUUUUGAUAGAAAUAAUCCAAGUAAUGAUGAAGCCUGCCCAUACCGGGAACUAAUAGGAGCUCUUAUGUACUUGUCCGUCGCAACAAGGCCCGACAUAGCAAAUACCGUGUCAAGACUAGCACAGUUUGUGACUAACCCAUCGAAAUGCCAUUGGAACACGGCCAAACGUGUGCUAAGAUAUCUUGCCGGUACUGCCAAUAGGUGUGUCCUCUAUCAAAAAUCCAACCUACCGCUAAUAGGGUACACCGAUGCUGAUUGGGCUGGCUGCACAACUGAUCGUCGUUCCUACACUGGCUAUGCUUUCUUGCUCAGCGGUGCUGUGAUAAGCUGGAAGUCGCAAAAACAACGUACAGUAGCACUUUCAUCAACGGAGGCCGAGUAUGUGAGCUUGGCAGAAGCAGCAAAAGAGGCAGUCUACUUGCGUAGUCUCUUAAACGAGAUAGUUCUUCAAGAGCUCACCGAUAUUAAAAUCUAUGUGGACAACAGAGGGGCGCAUUGUUUGGCGAAUGAUCCAGUUUUUCAUGCGCGGACCAAACACAGAUAUCAAGCAUCACUUUGUAAGAGAGAGCAUCAGCGCACGGUUAUUCUCAUUGAAGCACGUACCUACACAGGAGAUGAUUGCAGAUGUUAUGACGAAACCGUUGGCGCGAGCAAAUCACGAGAGAUGUCUUAUCGGGCUUGGUUUACCCACUUAGAUGACCUGCAUAUUGAGAGGGCGUGUUGA